UCCAACACUUCUCUUCAUUUCUAAGCCGCCCCUCUCUCUUUCUCUCUCUUUCACUCUCUCUCACUUUUCAGUUCACUUUCGCCGGAAAAUCAAAUCGCCGGCGACGGCAACGGCAACGGCAACUUCCUAUUUCGCCGGAGUUCAAUCAUUUUAAACUAAAAUCAAACCUAUUUUACAAAGAGCUAAUUUCUCGCGUGCAUGUUAAAACGCCGACGUUUUAACACUCGGUGGAGAGUUGGUAAACGGCGUCGUACGGAUGUAGUUUGAUCGAUCGGUGAAGAUGGGAAGAGUGGUUGUGGGAGUGACGGUAACGGUGGCGGUGGCGGCGUGUGCGGUGGCGGCGGUGAUUGUUGGAAGAAGAGUGAAGAGUAGAAGAAAGUGGAAGAAAGUAGCUAAUGUGUUGAAAGAGCUUGAAGAUGGUUGUGAUACGAGUGUUGGAAGGUUGAGACAAGUUGUUGAUGCUAUGGCGGUGGAGAUGCACGCUGGUUUAGCAUCUGAAGGUGGUUCUAAGCUCAAAAUGCUUCUUACCUAUGUUGAUAAUCUUCCUAAUGGGACAGAGAAAGGACCAUAUUAUGCCCUGCAUCUUGGGGGCACAAAUUUUAGGGUCACGCGUGUUCUUUUAAGUGGUCAACCAUCUCCUGUCUUGGAGCAUGAAGUAGAGCGACAACCCAUUCCCCCGCAUCUAAUGACUAGCACAAGCGAGGAUCUCUUUGAUUUCAUCGCUUCAUCGUUAAAGGAAUUCAUUGCUAAUGAAGGUGAUGGUUCCAACACUUCACAAGACAGAAGGGAACUUGGCUUUACAUUCUCCUUUCCUGUCAAACAAAUGUCUGUUUCCUCGGGCAUUUUGAUCAAGUGGACAAAAGGGUUUUCCAUUGUAGAUAUGGUAGGAAAAGAUGUUGCGGCGUGUUUGCAGGAAGCAUUUGCACGAAAAGGCCUGGAUGUGCAUGUAGCUGCCUUGGUCAAUGAUACUGUUGGAACAUUAGCUGUUGGACACUAUCAUGAUCCAGACACUGUUGCUGCAAUAGUAAUCGGUACUGGUACUAAUGCAUGCUAUUUGGAACGAAUUGAUGCUAUUAUCAAGUGUCAAGGUCUUCUUACAACAUCAGGACGCAUGGUUGUCAAUAUGGAAUGGGGAAACUUUUGGUCGUCUCACUUACCAAGAACAGUGUAUGACAUUGAAUUAGAUGCUGAAAGCCCUAAUCCAAACGAUCAGGGUUUUGAGAAAAUGAUAUCAGGAAUGUAUCUCGGUGACAUAGUGAGGAGAGUCAUUCUCAGGAUGUCACUAGAGUCAGAAAUGUUUGGACCUAUUUCUUCCAAGCUUUCAACGCCAUUCGUACUGAGGACUCCUUUGAUGGCUGCCAUGCAUGAGGAUGAUUCACCUGACUUGAUAGAAGUAGCAAAAAUUCUCAAUGACACCUUUGAGAUUCUAGAUCUUCCAUUGAAGGCAAGAAAAACUGUGGUGAAGGUGUGUGAUGUGGUGACUCGUAGGGCUGCUCGAUUAGCAGCUGCUGGUAUUGUUGGCAUCUUGAAGAAGAUUGGUCGUGACGGGAGUGGUGGCAUUACAGGCGGGCGGAGCAGGAGUGAUAUAAAAAUGAAAAGAACAGUUGUGGCAAUUGAAGGAGGAUUAUACUCGAGCUAUACAUUAUUUAGGGAGUACUUGCAUGAAGCUUUGAACGAAAUAUUGGGGGAAGAUAUUGCUAAGCAUGUAACUCUAAAUGUCACCGAAGAUGGAUCAGGCAUUGGAGCGGCACUGCUAGCUGCAUCAUAUUCUUAAAAAUGUGGAUAGGGUACACCUGCUAUUUAUAUAUAUCAACAUUGAUUGAUAUAUAUAGACACACACACACAUAGCCCUGUAAAUCAGAAUUUGUUCUUUAUAUUUAAUAUCUCUGUAUAGAGGGUUCAUCUAUUCUUUGAUCAGGUUAUGUUCAUUAAUAUUAUUAUCAUUAUAAUUCUUUACUGAAUGUUUAUAUUA